AUGAUUCUCCAUGAAACCUCGUUACGUCUUUGGAAAAAGCGCUCAACAUCUCUAGCCAAUGCCGUGAAAAUGGAGGACUUCUUGCUCGAUGCCUUCACAAAGUACUGCGAAGACAAUAGCACAGAGGACCUUCUAAUCCAAGAUCUCAAGCCGUUCUUCAAACAAUACUUGCGCAUUUCCGAUAGACUCCUCCACUUCCUGCAACCGAACGAUUUUAUUCUUACAGGUACCACCGAGGUUGUUGAUUUUGAACGCUAUCUGUAUCAAGGUGGAUUAUUUUUGAUUCUGAACCAAAAUUUGGAUUUGAUCCAGGACAACUGGAAACUCGUUUUGAGGAGUCUCGGACGCAGGCCCAGUUAUGAAGAGCGCUUGACCUUCCCAGAUGUGCAAAAGCUGGCUGCGUCGUUAAACCAAGACACGCCACAGAGUACAGUGGCAGAUAUGCUUACUCUACAAGGAGACAAACAGUAUAUCGAUUUCUUUGACUUUGCAUUGAUACUAGGACGCGUGGGGGAACUAAAUAUGAAAUGGGAUUGA